UCUAGCCUCUACACUCUCGAAAUACAAUCGUUCCUUCGCAUUUAGACUCCUAAUUACCAUCAUCUCAAGUUCAUUGAAUGUCACGUCUCCCUGAGGCAAAGUACAUAGAGACGCAACCUUCAUGCCUCAGGAUUUCUCGUCUGGCAGUCAUUUCUGCUGGUCAUCGUGGAGUUGGGCCGGUUGACCGGUGGUCCCGGGAGUUCUCCAGAAAGAGGUAGUCAGUGAUCAAACUCCAAAGCUAGGCGAAGGCCGUCCGAUCUGAUCUUUGUGUCUGGUGUAGCAACGACCAAGACACGUAGAAUUUCCAAAGCCAGUGAUAUUUGUCCGUAUGAAACUGCUUCUGAACGAGUAGUCCAGUCAAAAUAUCUGAUCUAAGUGACCGUGACGAAUAUAAUACAUAGAUGACACCGCACGUGUUGAUUGUGGCUGACAAUGAGUGUAUGCAGACCACGGGCGAUGAUAUCUUCAAUCGUUCAAUGCGAAUCAAGGCCAAUAAGAUGGGAUAUUCUCUAAAUCAAAAAGGUUUAUUCGCAGGUGUCGUAAGGGAUCCUCACGAUCGCGCCAGGAAGUUAAAUCACGGUACGAAUAUCGCCUCAUCAAGUGAGCGAGAGAUAUUCGAGAUACUUGGUGUUCCAUGGCAGGAACCUCAUGAGCGUAUUCGUGGAUAACGCAACCUCUGCCUUUUCUGGAAUCACAGGCGUCUCUGUGUACCUAUAAGUAUUCGAAUCGGCUCAGGUUUGUGGGUCACUUCCCUUGUCGAAACUAACUGCAUUUCAGCACGUACGGAAUAGUUAUGUAGUAAUUACUGUGGCAGAAGCCUGACAGCCCCAAUGAAUUUCUGUAACUGAAUACUUAGUGGCUUUGAGUAUCUUAAUACUAGACCUGCCUUUGUUGGCUCACCG